AUGGACACCGUCGAGUGCCACGAGGUCCUUGUGACAAUCGAUUUGCAGGCGGCAGGGGACGGUCCGCGCAACUGCAUCCUUCCUGGUGGGCGUGCAGACUCCGCGGAUCAGCCAGCUCGCUCCGCAGUGGUCCCCAUCUGCAACAUCUGUGAGGCUAUUUCGCCGCAGGCUACGCUGACCUAUCGCAAACUCUUUGUCCUCCCCUUCCAGUAUUACGAUCAACUGCGCAAGGUAAAUUUAGAUGAAAAUGAGUCUCGCUUUGCUUGA